ACUAUGGUUAGGUUAAUAAUGGGUAUAAUAAAGGUUAAUAAUGGGUAUACUAUGGUUAGGUUAAUAAUGGGUAUACUAUGGUUAGGUUAAUAAUGUGUAUACUAUGGUUAGGUUAAUAAUGGGUACACUAUGGUUAGGUUAAUAAUGGGUAUACUAUGGUUAGGUUAAUAAUGGGUAUACUAUGGUUAGGUUUGUAAUGGGUAUACUAUGGUUAAUAAUUGGUACACUAUGGUUAGGUUAAUAAUGGGUAUACUAUGGUUAGGUUAAUAAUGGGCAUAAUAAAGGUUAAUAAUGGGUAUAAUAUGGUUAGGUUAAUAAUGGGUAUACUAUGGUUAAUAAUGGGUAUACUAUAGGUUAAUAAUGGGUACACUAUGGUUAGGUUAAUAAUGGGUAUACUAUGGUUAAUAAUGGGUACAAUAAAGGUUAAUAAUGGGUAUACUAUGGUUAGGUUAAUAAUGGGUAUACUAUGCUUAGGUUAAUAAUGGGUAUACUAUGGUUAGGUUAAUAAUGGGCAUAAUAAAGGUUAAUAAUGGGUAUACUAUGGUUAAUAAUGGGUAUACUAUGGUUAGGUUAAUAAUGGGUAUACUAUAGGUUAAUAAUGGGUAUACUAUAGGUUAAUAAUGGGUAUACUAUGCUUAGGUUAAUAAUGGGUAUACUAUGGUUAGGUUAAUAAUGGGCAUAAUAAAGGUUAAUAAUGGGUAUACUAUGGUUAGGUUAAUAAUGGGUAUACUAUGGUUAGGUUUGUAAUGGGUAUACUAUGGUUAAUAAUGGGUAUAAUAUGGUUAGGUUAAUAAUGGGUAUACUAUGGUUAAUAAUGGGUAUACUAUAGGUUAAUAAUGGGUACACUAUGGUUAGGUUAAUAAUGGGUAUACUAUGGUUAAUAAUGGGUACAAUAAAGGUUAAUAAUGGGUAUACUAUGGUUAGGUUAAUAAUGGGUAUACUAUGGUUAGGUUAAUAAUUGGUACACUAUGCAGACAAUUGGAGGUCAGAAAAGUAUAGGGAAUAGGGCUCUGGUCUAAAGUAGUGCACGAUAUAGGGAAUAGGGCUCUGGUCUAAAGUAGUGCACGAUAUAGGGAAUAGGGCUCUGGUCUAAAGUAGUGCACGAUAUAGGGAAUAGGGAGCCAUUUGUGAAGUAUCCAUGGCGACUGACCUCAGAGUGCAGGUGGAGCCGUAGCUGCUGCUGCUCCGGUCAGUUAUGUCAUAAAGAGUUGGUUUUGUCUUUGUCUAUCCUUCCCCGAACAUGGCCCCGCGUGACCCUUACCUGCAGUCUCUCAACUCCUCUGUCUAUCCUUCCCCGAACAUGGCCCCGCGUGACCCUAACCUGCCCUCUCUCAACCCCUCUGUCUAUUCUUCCACGAACAUGGCCCUGCGUGACCCUUACCUGCAGUCUCUCAACUCCUCUGUCUAUCCUUCCCCGAACAUGGCCCCGCGUGACCCUAACCUGCAGUCUCUCAACCCCUCUGUCUAUCCUUCCCCGAACAUGCCCCCGCGUGACCCUAACCUGCAGUCUCUCAACUCCUCUGUCUGUAACUGGCUAUGUAAAGACAGAUUAGUUGAGCCUUUAGCCCUCUCCAGUCUACACCAGGAUCCCAUUGAGGGCAGGGUGCUGUCCUAUGGGAUGGAUGACGGCCAGCAGGAUCAGUACGAGGAGCGUCUGAAGGAGGUCUUUGAGAGUUUCGACGCCAGCGACGCCGGGUCGCUGUGCCCCGAGGAGCUAUCUGACUUGUGCCAGGCCCUGCACCUGGAGGAUUCCACCCCCGCACUGCUUCAUGCCCUGCUUCAGAACCAGGACAGACUCACUGGCAGGGUUGGUUUUGACCAGUUCAAGAAUGCCCUGAUUCUGGUGUUAUCAACGAGCAUAGCAGCAACACUUGAACCCAGUCAGGUGACAGCACGUGCUCCUCUAUCACCAGACUCACCAGUCCAAGCUAAGUUUGUGCGGGGUAGUAAGCGCUAUGGCCGACACUCUACACCAGAGUUCAUAGACGCCAUCACAGACUUCUCAGAGGCGGGCAGCUCAAACGCUACAGGACGGGACCCAGAAGAUCAUGAAGACUCCACUGUGCCCAGGAAACGUGAGCGCUGGAAUGCUCAUGAAAGCGGAACGGAAGAGUACGAGGCAGAAGGCCAGCUGCACCUGUGGAACCCUGAUGAACCCUCCACCCCGCGGGUCUCUAUCACACCCCUCUCAGACCACCUGGAGGAGAGGUUUCGGGAGGCCUGCGAGGAGCUGGCUAUGCCCUGGGAUGGAUGUGCCAGCCACCAUGAGCUACUGGCUCUCUGUGACCACCUGGGCCUGGAGGUGACGGAGGAUGUCCUCCAGGUUCUAAGUGGUGACGAGAUCAUGAGCGUGCAGGCGUUUACUUCCUGGGUUCUGAACCACGCCAAGCCCCCCACCCCGUCUGCCUCCACACCUUACAGACAGCUCAAAAGACUACACUCCUCACAGCCAUUCGAUGAGACGGGCCGUAGAACCAGCGCUAUGACGAGCACCAUCGGGAUGCGUCUGUUCUCCACUCUGGACGAUGGGACAGGGUCCGCUCCUGCUGAGGACGUCCUGGAUGCCUGGAUGGAGGAGGGCGUCGAGAACACCACCGAGAUACUACAGGCCUUGGAUUUUGACCUGGAGGGCAAAGUGAACCUCAGGGAGCUGACUGUGGCUCUGGAGAACGAGCUCCUCAUGACUAAGAAUGGGAUCCACCAGGCUGCACUGGCCAGCUUUAAGGCUGAGAUCAGAUACCUUCUUGAACGUGCCGAUCGAGAGCUCCGAGAGAAGGAGAAGACUCGUUCUGACCUGGAGAAAGCAGAGAAGUUAAAAACCCAGCUGGCUACUGAGGUGGACGAGCAUCACUCUGCCAUCGAACGCAUGAAUGACCUCAACCUGAGGAAGCUGGAGCAGGAACACAGGGAGAAGCUGGUGUCUGUCCGGUCAGAGCUCAUUAAAGAGAUGGACCAGAUACAGCAGCAGACUGGUCUGCAGAGAGAGAAACUAGAGACAGAGAUGGAGAAGCUCAGAGAUGACGAGACCUUCCUCAGAGACCACCUGUCACUCACUGUCAAGGAGAGUAGGCGUCUGGAAAUGGAGCUGCUGGACAGCACUGAGAAACUGGUAGAGGCAGAAAACCAGGUCAGCAAACUGCAGAGGAACCUGGAUAACAUCCUGAAGGAAAAGUUUGGGGAUCUGGACCUGGGCAACGCUGAGUUCUUCCUACAGGAGGAGAGUCUCAGACGGCUACGCAGUAGCUAUGAGGAACAGUGUCGGGAGCUUCAGGAUCGCAUCGAUGAGCUUCAAGCAGAGCUGCAGGAGUACCACAACCUGGGACGCACCUCUCAGCUCUGUCUCAAACCCUCUCUCUCUGAGGACCUGGAGAGUAAGAGUCCUGGCAUGGAGUCAGACCCAGGUCUAGGCUCAGAAGAGGGCCAGCCGUUGUUCAACAUGAGCCUGGAGGCCGAGAUGAUGCUGGAGCAGCUUAAAGAGAAGCACCUCUUAGAGAUGAAUGACCUACAGGCACAGCUGGAGAGCAAGGUGAGUGAGUUUGACCAGAAGGUGGAGGAGCAGAAAGCCGACCUGGAGGCCCAGAAGGUAGCCUUGUCCCUGCAGUACCUGGAGGAGAUCCAGGCACUACGAGGGGAGAUGUCCAUCAUCCAGAACCGAGCCCUGGAGCUCCAGGCCCAACUAGAGAAUGCUGAGGAGGAGCGAGCCGGUCUAGAGCAGAGACAGGCUGGGGUGAAGGAGGAGCUGGAGCACCAGGAGGAAGAGGUGAGCAGCCUGAGACAGGAGCUCCUGGAGUCCCGCAUCCAGGUUUCAGACCUGGAGGAGCAGCUGAAAGUCCAACAAGCGAAGGCUGAGUUGGGCCUGGACACAGAGAUGCAGGAGCUGAGGAAACUUCACGCCUUGGAACUCAACAAGCUGGACGUGCAGCACGACAACAUCCUUCAGGUCAGGCUGGAAGAAGAGAAGGGGAAGCUACAGGAGGAGCUGGAGAAGGUGGAGAGGAAACUGUUAGAGGAGUGGGAGAGGGAGAAGAGGGAGUUACAGCAGAGCCACGAGGAGGCAAUGAAGGCUAGGAUAGAGGAGGUGAGUUUGAAGUUCCAGGCAGAGCGAGAGGAGCUAGAGAUGCGACUCACGGAGGAGUGGGAGAGGGAGAAGGCUCAGCUGGAUGAGCAGAGUAACGAGUCGCUCCAGACCGUGUUAGAGGAGGAGAUGUUACGUCUAGUCAAGGAGCAGGACGGUAGGGAGAUACGGCUCACUGAGCAGUGGGAGCUGGAACAAGUUCAGCUCAAGGAGUGUCUGGAGGAGACUCUCCUCACCCGUUUGGCGGAGGAGAAGCUGAAGCAGCAGGAGCAGCAGGAGGAGGUGGAGAGGAGGCUCAGGGAGGAUUGGGACAGGGAGAGACUCCAGCUGGAGGAGGACUAUGAGGGCAUGCUCCAGGAGCAGCUGCAGGAGGACAGGGAGAGGCUUGCGGGGGAGAAGGAGGAGGUGGAGAAGAGGCUGGAGCAGAUGAUGGAGGAGGAGAAGGAGCGCCUGGAGGAGGCCCACAGACAGGCUGUGCAGGAACUGAGUGCCAAACACAGCGAGGAGAGGGAACAGCUCAGCGGUCUGCUGGAUAAACUGCGAGAGGAUAUCGCUGAGGAAAGGAAAGAACUAGAGAGCCACUUUUCCCAGAAAAUCAGGGAGGUGGAGGCCCGGUUCUCAGGCGACCAGGACGCCGUCGCAGAGCGCUUCCAAACCGACGUUUCCAACUUGGAGAAGCACUAUCAGAGCGAGCUGAAGGCACUCACCGACAACCACGCCGAGCAGAAAACCAAAUGGGAUGCGGAAAUGGAGGAAGCCCUUCAGAAAGCUGAAGAGCAGAGGAGAGUUCUGCAGGAAACCAGAGAACAAGAGCGAGAGACCAUCACCCAGGACCUAGUGAAAGAGAGGGAGCUGCUAGAGAGUGUCCGUAAGGAAGAGAUGGACGCGUUGGUCGCAAAGAACCAGGAACUCCAAAAGGAGCUGGAGAGUUUCAUCAGUUUAGCCCAGACCAAAGAGAUUGAGCUGAGUAGGCAGCUGAAUGAUCUUCACAAUAGGCUGCAGGAGAAUCUGGACACCAAAGACGAGCUUCUGGCCAAGUCUGAGAAGAAAGCCCAGGAGAUCGAGCUUCUGCUGAACCAGGCAGUGGAGGACUUCAAGCAGGAGAGGGCAGAACUUCAGGGAAACCUUUCUGAAUUAGAGGUGAGGCACUCCUUGGCUGAGAAGCAGCUUGAGGAGAUGAGUGAGCUGCUCUCAGAACAUGAUAACCAGAAGUUGAAGAUUGAAGAACUGGAGAAGUUCCUGAGACAGUCGGCGGUGGACUUUCAGUUUGAGAGGCUGGAGCUGCAAGAGAACAUCUCAGACCUGGAACUGAAGCUGAAGGAGAGUCGUCCUUCCUCUGACCUGCAGGACAAUGAGAAAGGAGAGCUUCUGGUCGAGAGAGACCAGCUUAGUAUUAGAAUUCAGGAAAUCGAGAACGAGCUCAACCAACUUCUAGACUCUGCAGACAAAACAGGGGGCAAAGAAAUGGAAGAAUCAAAUGAAGUAAAUGUAGCACCACUGGGAGAGGAACAUAUAGAGGCUGCAGCUCUUGAAGAACAAGUAUGUUCAGAAAACAUUACCGUUAGUGAUGAGACAUGUGACAAUGUUGUUCCAGAGGACUGUGAAGGCCUUGACGUAGAAUAUGUAUUCCCUAUGGAGCAGGGACCAAAUGACGAAGUUGAGAUUAUUACCGAAUCACCUCAUGAGAUGGAGAUUUCUGAGAACAUCAUUGCAGAAGUUUGCGAUCAAGAAAUAACUGUUACCUCAGACAACCUGAAUGUUUUAGUAGCGGCAUCUGAACAAGGACAAGAUGAUGUGGAGAUGAUACCUGAAACUCCAAAUAGGUUAGAGGAAUGUCCUGAAGACACCAUAACUCUUCAUCUUGAUGGGGAUGAUGAAACUACUGUGGACGAUGGCCAAGACCCAGUGGUUGAAUCUGUCGCCGUUGAGGAGCAAGCACAAGAUGACAACGCUAGUGAGGGAAGGAUGAAUGCUGAAACUUCUGAAGACAUUGAGGUAUGCCCUGAAAACAUUAUCAGUGUUGAGGCAUGCAAUGGUGAAGUCGCUGCUAUUCCAGAAGAAUGCCAAGACCUUGUUGAGGAAUCCCAAUCGUCUGAAUGCCAAUGUCAGGCUGAGGCCAACAUGGACGAAGACACUAACAAUGACAUUGUAGCAUUGUCUAUUCCAGAGGAGCAACCUCAAAGUGAUGACAUUGAUGGAGAUGUCUGUCCCUCUGAGAUGAAGUGUGAAGACUCCUCCCCUGCUAAGAUUGGACAGAAUGAUGCUAGUGUACAAGAAACUGUUUUCGAUGAUAAGCCUGAAGGGGAGGAACUUCAAGAUGAUCUGUUUAAUGAAGAAGUGGAGAGUUAUGUGUCUCUGGUUGUCUCUUCAGCCCUAGAGGAGAUAGGUCAUGACACUGACGAUACCAAAGUGACUUGUCUUUUCGAGGAAACUCAAGAUCUAGAGAAAAAGCCUGUGGAACUGAUUCCUCGGUCAGAAGCAGUGAAGGAUCGAGAUGCCUAUAUCCAUGAGAUCCUGGAGCUCCAUGAGCAAGUCAGCCAGUUGGAGAGCGAGGCCAGUCUUCUGGCUCAGCUACAGAGCCAGUAUGACACGGCCACAGAGGAGAACCUGGCGCUACAGCAGAAGAUCUCCGAGCUUCAGCAGAAGACGGAUGCACUAGAGAGUCUUUCAGCAGAAAACGAUCCGCGAGCUGUAGAGAAAAACGGUACCCUCAAAGCUCAGGCCAACGAGAUCAAGGUGACGUCUUCGGAUGUGACCUCGCUUCAGAUCCGAUACGAGGAGUGCGUCUGUGAAAACGCCAAGCUGGAGGAACAGAACUGUCGGCUGGAGAAGAGAGUCGUGGGCCUCGAGAGCAAAAUGCACAUCAUCCAAGACUUCCAAGAUCAACAAGUAGCGUUGGUGGACGAGAUCACCAGGAUGAGAGAGGAGAAUUGUAAGCUGACCGAGCUAGUCAGCGAAUUAGAGAGGCAGGAUGAGAUUCUCAUGGCUCUGCAGCUGGAGGCCGAGUCCGAGGAAGACGCCACCACAGAACAAGAACAAGAGUCCUUCCUGGACCUGAACUCCCAACUGGAGGCUAAGAUACAGGUGGUGUCGGAGCUGGAGGACUGCUGCACGGAGUUCGAGAAGCAGAACGGAAAGCUCCGCAGAGCCCUAACGGACCUGCAGGACAAGUCGCUGAAGAUGCAUGAGAAGAUGCAGACCCAUAGGAAUGAAGCGGGUCGUUUAGCAGAGGAGAACCUCUUACUCAGACACAAGAUUUCCGUGCUGAAGGAAGAGGACCUGAGAGAGACCCGAGAAGAGACGCUCUUGAAAGUGGAGCAUUUCAGGAAGGAGAAGAUAUCUGCACAAAAGAAAGCAGAGAGUUUCAAGAGACAGAUCUCUGAGCUGCGUCUCCGCAGUCAGCAGCUGGAGGAUGAGAACGGGUUGCUGUCGGAGAAGAACGCCCAGAAUGCAGCAGGAGUGGAGGCGUUGAGCCAGCAGCUGGGGGAACUGCUCAGACAGAGUGAGAGACAGGAGGCUGUCAGAGAUCAGCAACACUUUGUACCAGAGGAUAACAGGACCAAGAUGGCAGUGUGUGCGUCUGCCCUGCAGGCGGAGCUGACCAACGCUGUGGAAGGGACUGUACUGCCAGAGGAGGGCAAGGCCCAGCUGGUGCUACAAAUCAACACCCUCCGCGAUAAGGUGGCUAAGAUGGGGGCUGUGGAGUGCCAGCUCUCACUCCUCCUGCAGGAACACAAGGCUUUGGAGAAACAAGCCCAGGGAUUAUGCGAUCAGCUUGCCAAGUCUCAGGAGAGGACUCACGUGUUGGAUGAAAGUCUCCAGUCUGUCAACCUCCAGAGCGCCCGUCUCAAGUCAGACCUCCGCGUGUCACAGCAGGAGAAGGACGCCCUCAAACAGGAAGUGAUGUCACUGCACAAACAGCUGCAGAAUGCCAACGAUAAGAACCAGGUUCUGGAGAUGGCCCUGCACUCCAGCGGAUACCAGAGCCAGCAUAAGAAGCUGUACCAGGACGAGCUGGCCAGGCUAGUGGAACAAGAACAGCAACUGCUGAGACAGGAGAACGAGAGGCUGACCACGGAGCUCCACAACGUCAAGGACGACCUCCACCGCAGCAGGGACAAGACGCGUCAGCUGGAGGCAGCCAUCUUAACCGUGAAGCAGCAGAAACAGCAGGGCCAGGCCAGCGUGGUGAAGACUGUAGAACAGGAGAAGACGGCUCUGAAGAGAGAGCUGGACAUGAUGCAUCAGGAGCUACUCUCUGCUCAGAACAAGGUGUGUGAGGUCCAGAGAGAGCUGGAGAGUCUUCGUCAGGAGAACGAGGGUCUGAAGACCCAACAGACCCAGCUACAGACUCUCCAAGUCCAGCUGGUUGGUCUGCUGCCCACUUCCCCUCGCAGGAUGCCUGGUGAGCGGAGAGAGCAGCACCGCAGGGACGACCUCAACCCAGAGAACAUACAGAAUGAGAGGGCGAUGAUGAUGAUGAUGAAGAUGGAGGAACGUAUGAAGGAGAUAGAGCUGUCUCUGCAUAAUGUCAAGCUGCUGCUCAAAGAGAAGGUCUGCCAACUCAAAGAUCAGCUCCACAAGAACGGUAAAGCUGAUUCGUUGAUCAAGGACCUGUACGUGGAGAACGCCCAGCUGCUGAAGGCCUUGGAGAUGACCGAGCGGAGACAGAAAGUAGCAGAGAAGAAGAACUACCUCCUGGAACAGAAGAUCUCCAGCCUCAACAAGAUAGUCAGAGACCUGAGUCCCUCACCCCUACCCACAAUGCCCUACCAUUUUACCUGUUCCUAAUACUACGCUUUGACCACUGACCCCAGUAGCUGGACAGAACAUGGAUCUAAUACUACACUUUGACCCCUGACCCCAGUAGCUGGACAGAACAUGGAUCUAAUACUACACUUUGACCCCUGACCCCAGUAGCUGAACUGAACAUGGAUCUAAUACUACACUUUGACCCCUGACCCCAGUAGCUGGACUGAACAUAGAUCUAAUUACUACACUUUGACCCCUGACCCCAGUAGCUGGACUGAACAUAGAUCUAAUUACUACACUUUGACCCCUGACCCCAGUAGCUGGACUGAACAUGGAUCUAAUACUACACUUUGACCCCUGACCCCAGUAGCUGGACUGAACAUGGAUCUAAUACUACACUUUGACCCCUGACCCCAGUAGCUGGACGGAACAUGGAACUAAUACUACAUUUUGACCCCUGACCCCAGUAGCUGGACUGAACAUGGAACUAAUACUACACUUUGACCCCUGACCCCAGUAGCUGGACUAAACAUGGAACUCGAGUGUUACAUUAACAUUCCACCUGAGCCCCUUAACCCUCCGUCCUCUUAACCGCCUGUCUAUGGUGACCUCUACCCUACGGUCAUACCACCAAGACUACUGUCUAUGGUGACCUCUACCCUACUGUCAUACACAACCACCAAGACUACUGUCUACGGUGACCUCUACCCUACGGUCAUACCACCAAGACUACUGUCUAUGGUGACCUCUACCCUACUGUCAUACCACCAAGACUACUGUCUAUGGUGACCUCUACCCUACUGUCAUACCACCAAGACUACUGUCUAUGGUGACCUCUACCCUACUGUCAUACCACCAAGACUACUGUCUAUGGUGACCUCUACCCUACUGUCAUACCACCAAGACUACUGUCUAUGGUGACCUCUACCCUACUGUCAUACACAACCACCAAGACUACUGUCUAUGGUGACCUCUACCCUACUGUCAUACCACCAAGACUACUGUCUAUGGUGACCUCUACCCUACUGUCAUACCACCAAGACUACUGUCUAUGGUGACCUCUACCCUACUGUCAUACCAUCAAGACUACUGUCUACGGUGACCUCUACCCUACUGUCAUACCACCAAGACUACUGUCUACGGUGACCUCUACCCUACUGUCAUACCACCAAGACUACUGUCUACGGUGACCUCUACCCUACUGUCAUACCACCAAGACUACUGUCUACGGUGACCUCUACCCUACUGUCAUACCACCAAGACUACUGUCUAUGGUGACCUCUACCCUACUGUCAUACCACCAAGACUACUGUCUAUGGUGACCUCUACCCUACUGUCAUACCACCAAGACUACUGUCUAUGGUGACCUCUACCCUACUGUCAUACCACCAAGACUACUGUCUAUGGUGACCUCUACCCUACUGUCAUACCAUCAAGACUACUGUCUAUGGUGACCUCUACCCUACUGUCAUACCACCAAGACUACUGUCUACGGUGAUCUCUACCCUACUGUCAUACCACCAAGACUACUGUCUAUGGUGACCUCUACCCUACUGUCAUACCACCAAGAUUACUGUCUAUGGUGACCUCUACCCUACUGUCAUACCACCAAGACUACUGUCUAUGGUGACCUCUACCCUACUGUCAUACCACCAAGACUACUGUCUAUGGUGACCUCUACCCUACUGUCAUACCACCAAGACUACUGUCUAUGGUGACCUCUACCCUACUGUCAUACCAUCAAGACUACUGUCUAUGGUGACCUCUACCCUACUGUCAUACCCAACCACCAAGACUACUGUCUAUGGUGACCUCUACCCUACUGUCAUACCACCAAGACUACUGUCUAUGGUGACCUCUACCCUACUGUCAUACCACCAAGACUACUGUCUACGGUGACCUCUACCCUACUGUCAUACCACCAAGACUACUGUCUAUGGUGACCUCUACCCUACUGUCAUACCACCAAGACUACUGUCUAUGGUGACCUCUACCCUACUGCCAUACCCAACCACCAAGACUACUGUCUAUGGUGACCUCUACCCUACUGUCAUACCACCAAGACUACUGUCUAUGGUGACCUCUACCCUACUGUCAUACCCAACCACCAAGACUACUGUCUAUGGUGACCUCUACCCUACUGUCAUACCACCAAGACUACUGUCUAUGGUGACCUCUACCCUACUGUCAUACCACCAAGACUACUGUCUAUGGUGACCUCUACCCUACUGUCAUACCACCAAGACUACUGUCUAUGGUGACCUCUACCCUACUGUCAUACCACCAAGACUACUGUCUACGGUGACCUCUACCCUACUGUCAUACCACCAAGACUACUGUCUAUGGUGACCUCUACCCUACUGUCAUACCACCAAGACUACUGUCUAUGGUGACCUCUACCCUACUGUCAUACCACCAAGACUACUGUCUACGGUGACCUCUACCCUACUGUCAUACCCAACCACCAAGACUACUGUCUACGGUGACCUCUACCCUACUGUCAUACCCAACCACCAAGACUACUGUCUACGGUGACCUCUACCCUACUGUCAUACCACCAAGACUACUGUCUAUGGUGACCUCUACCCUACUGUCAUACCACCAAGACUACUGUCUAUGGUGACCUCUACCCUACUGUCAUACCACCAAGACUACUGUCUAUGGUGACCUCUACCCUACUGUCAUACCACCAGGACUACUGUCUAUGGUGACCUCUACCCUACUGUCAUACCCAACCACCAAGACUACUGUCUAUGGUGACCUCUACCCUACUGUCAUACCCAACCACCAAGACUACUGUCUAUGGUGACCUCUACCCUACUGUCAUACCACCAAGACUACUGUCUACGGUGACCUCUACCUUACUGUCAUACCACCAAGACUACUGUCUAUGGUGACCUUUACCCUACUGUCAUACCAUCAAGACUACUGUCUAUGGUGACCUCUACCCUACUGUCAUACCACCAAGACUACUGUCUAUGGUGACCUCUACCCUACUGUCAUACCACCAAGACUACUGUCUAUGGUGACCUCUACCCUACUGUCAUACCACCAAGACUACUGUCUAUGGUGACCUCUACCCUACUGUCAUACACAACCACCAAGACUACUGUCUAUGGUGACCUCUACCCUACUGUCAUACCACCAAGACUACUGUCUAUGGUGACCUCUACCCUACUGUCAUACCACCAAGACUACUGUCUAUGGUGACCUCUACCCUACUGUCAUACCACCAAGACUACUGUCUAUGGUGACCUCUACCCUACUGUCAUACCCAACCACCAAGACUACUGUCUAUGGUGACCUCUACCCUACUGUCAUACCACCAAGACUACUGUCUAUGGUGACCUCUACCCUACUGUCAUACCACCAAGACUACUGUCUACGGUGACCUCUACCCUACUGUCAUACCCAACCACCAAGACUACUGUCUAUGGUGACCUCUACCCUACUGUCAUACCACCAAGACUACUGUCUAUGGUGACCUCUACCCUACUGUCAUACCCAACCACCAAGACUACUGUCUAUGGUGACCUCUACCCUACUGUCAUACCAUCAAGACUACUGUCUAUGGUGACCUCUACCCUACUGUCAUACCACCAAGACUACUGUCUACGGUGACCUCUACCCUACUGUCAUACCACCAAGACUACUGUCUAUGGUGACCUCUACCCUACUGUCAUACCACCAAGACUACUGUCUACGGUGACCUCUACCCUACUGUCAUACCCAACCACCAAGACUACUGUCUAUGGUGACCUCUACCCUACUGUCAUACCACCAAGACUACUGUCUACGGUGACCUCUACCCUACUGUCAUACCACCAAGACUACUGUCUAUGGUGACCUCUACCCUACUGUCAUACCCAACCACCAAGACUACUGUCUAUGGUGACCUCUACCCUACUGUCAUACCACCAAGACUACUGUCUAUGGUGACCUCUACCCUACUGUCAUACCACCAAGACUACUGUCUAUGGUGACCUCUACCCUACUGUCAUACCACCAAGACUACUGUCUACGGUGACCUCUACCCUACUGUCAUACCACCAAGACUACUGUCUAUGGUGACCUCUACCCUACUGUCAUACCACCAAGACUACUGUCUAUGGUGACCUCUACCCUACUGUCAUACCACCAAGACUACUGUCUACGGUGACCUCUACCCUACUGUCAUACCACCAAGACUACUGUCUAUGGUGACCUCUACCCUACUGUCAUACCACCAAGACUACUGUCUAUGGUGACCUCUACCCUACUGUCAUACCACCAAGACUACUGUCUAUGGUGACCUCUACCCUACUGUCAUACCACCAAGACUACUGUCUAUGGUGACCUCUACCCUACUGUCAUACCACCAAGACUACUGUCUAUGGUGACCUCUACCCUACUGUCAUACCACCAAGACUACUGUCUAUGGUGACCUCUACCCUACUGUCAUACCACCAAGACUACUGUCUAUGGUGACCUCUACCCUACUGUCAUACCAUCAAGACUACUGUCUAUGGUGACCUCUACCCUACUGUCAUACCACCAAGACUACUGUCUAUGGUGACCUCUACCCUACUGUCAUACCACCAAGACUACUGUCUAUGGUGACCUCUACCCUACUGUCAUACCCAACCACCAAGACUACUGUCUAUGGUGACCUCUACCCUACUGUCAUACCACCAAGACUACUGUCUAUGGUGACCUCUACCCUACUGUCAUACCCAACCACCAAGACUACUGUCUAUGGUGACCUCUACCCUACUGUCAUACCACCAAGACUACUGUCUAUGGUGACCUCUACCCUACUGUCAUACCACCAAGACUACUGUCUACGGUGAUCUCUACCCUACUGUCAUACCCAACCAUCAAGACUACUGUCUAUGGUGACCUCUACCCUACUGUCAUACCACCAAGACUACUGUCUACGGUGACCUCUACCCUACUGUCAUACCCAACCACCAAAGUACCGGAACACAAAUUUGAUCACAAAAGUUGUCACUGAAGAUCAACGUUUUUUUUUUACCAUGACCCUAAACCGCUGUACCAGAGAACCUUCCGGAUACUGAAGUGCACUUCACGGGUUGGGGUCAAUUCCAUUUCAGUUCCAAUCAAUUCAGGAAGUAGUAAACCAAAUUCCACAUUUUCCUAAUUGAAAAGCAUUGAAGAGAAUUGGAUUGUCAGUGUACUUCCUGAAUUAAUUGGAAUUGAAAUGGAAUUGAUCCCAACCCUGGUACAAUUGGUUGUCUGAGAGAUCAGUCAAUAUUUUAAGCUCCCUGUUCAACACUAUGGGAAUCAAUACUGUCACAUUUCAGUUAUUCGAACUGGAUAAAGAGGGUAUUAAUAUGUGUAUUUAAAUGCACAAUAAAUGGUAUAAUCAUGUAUACAAACCACUUUGUAAAUUAAAUAAACUGUGUAUGUUUUGUUACA